AGCAGCAGCAGCGCCAUGCAGGCCAACGGGGCAGGAGGGGGUCAGCAGCAACAGCAGCAACAACAACAGCCGCCGCCGCCGCCGCCGUCAUCGUCGCAGGGUCCGGAGCUGGGCUGCCUCAGCGCCCAAAACGGCGAGGCCUCUUCGGGCUCGAGCGCCGGGGAGCAGCUCGCUCACGCCAACGGGCUUCUGCCGUCGGCCAACAACAACAACGGCGGGGGUGGCGGCGGGCCGAGUGUCAACAACGGGGUUUCGGCCCCCGGGGGGUCUACCGUCGAGAUGGGGGGAGGCAGCGGCGUCGGGGUCGGCGGCAGCGCCCUGAAGAAGAAGAAGCGGCUCUCGCAGUCCGACGAGGACGUGAUCCGGCUCAUCGGGCAGCACCUCCACGGGCUGGGCCUCAACCAGACUGUUGAUCUUCUAAUGCAAGAGUCAGGAUGUCGUUUAGAACAUCCUUCUGCUACCAAAUUCCGCAAUCAUGUCAUGGAAGGAGAAUGGGAUAAGGCUGAGAACGACCUGAAUGAACUCAAGCCUUUAGUGCACUCUCCUCAUGCAAUUGUGAGGAUGAAGUUUUUGCUGCUGCAGCAAAAGUACCUAGAGUAUCUUGAGGAUGGUAAGGUUCUGGAGGCACUUCAAGUUCUGCGUUGUGAGUUGACACCACUGAAAUACAACACAGAGCGCAUUCACAUUCUCAGUGGAUAUCUGAUGUGUAGUCAUGCAGAAGACCUGCGUGCAAAAGCAGAAUGGGAAGGGAAAGGCACAACUUCCAGAUCUAGACUUUUGGAUAAACUCCAGACUUACCUACCACCAUCAGUGAUGCUUCCCCCAAGGCGCCUGCAGAAUUUACUGCGUCAAGCUGUGGAACUACAACGGGACCGGUGCCUCUAUCACAAUACCAAACUAGAUAAUAAUCUAGAUUCUGUAUCACUGCUGAUAGACCAUGUUUGCAGUAGGAAACAGUUCCCAUGUUACACACAGCAGAUACUUACAGAGCACUGUAAUGAAGUAUGGUUCUGUAAAUUCUCAAAUGACGGCACUAAACUAGCAACAGGAUCUAAAGAUACAACUGUUAUUAUAUGGCAGGUUGAUCCAGAUACACACCAGCUAAAACUGCUCAAGACACUGGAAGGCCAUGCAUAUGGUGUUUCCUACAUUGCUUGGAGUCCAGAUGAUAACUACCUUGUUGCCUGUGGUCCAGAUGACUGCUCUGAGCUUUGGCUCUGGAAUGUACAGACAGGGGAGCUGAGGACAAAGAUGAGUCAGUCUCAUGAAGAUAGUUUAACAAGUGUGGCCUGGAAUCCAGAUGGAAAACGUUUUGUGACUGGAGGGCAGCGUGGACAGUUCUAUCAGUGUGAUUUAGAUGGCAAUCUCCUUGACUCCUGGGAAGGAGUGAGAGUGCAAUGCCUGUGGUGCUUGAGUGACGGGAAGACUGUGUUGGCAUCAGACACACACCAGCGAAUUCGGGGCUAUAACUUUGAGGACCUUACAGACAGAAACAUAGUACAAGAAGAUCAUCCAAUUAUGUCUUUUACGAUUUCGAAAAAUGGCCGGUUAGCUUUGUUAAACGUAGCAACUCAGGGAGUUCAUUUAUGGGACUUGCAAGACAGAGUUUUAGUGAGAAAGUACCAAGGUGUUACACAAGGGUUUUACACGAUUCACUCAUGUUUUGGAGGCCAUAAUGAAGACUUCAUCGCUAGUGGCAGUGAAGAUCACAAAGUAUAUAUUUGGCACAAACGUAGCGAGCUGCCAAUUGCGGAGCUGACGGGGCACACGCGCACAGUCAACUGUGUGAGCUGGAACCCACAAAUUCCAUCCAUGAUGGCCAGCGCCUCUGACGAUGGCACUGUUAGAAUAUGGGGACCAGCACCUUUUGUAGACAACCAGGAUAUUGAAGAGGAAUGCAGUAGCAUGGAUAGUUGAUGGUGAAUUUGGAGCAGACGACUUCUGUUUAACUUAAAUUUAGUCGUAUUUUAAAUGGCUUGGGAUUUGGUGCAAACAAACAUGAUUGAUAGCUGGACAGACAUGCUCGUCAUGAAAAAAAGAACCAUUUCUGAAGCCCAACUGGGGCCAAACAUUUUACCACCUUGCUUCAUAGUAAACAGUUGAGAUGAAGCACGUCGUUAGAACGUUGUUGCGACACCAUGUUGAAGUAACCCCCCAUCGGUUGUGAAGAACUGUGCUACAUUCAGGCUAACCAUUGAACUCCGUAUAUACAUUUUCCCUUCUGCCAUUUUGUCAGGCAGACUACUGUUAUUGUUGCUCUUCUUCUGUGUAAUGAAGUUUAAAUGCUUGUUUGGAAACCUUUUAUUUAACAGUUUAGAAGGCUUGAUAGAAAGAGUGCUUUAGUCUGAAGAGUACAUGUUGGAUAGGAAAGUCUUUCCUUCUCUUUCUCUGAGUCUCUCCGCCUUAUUUAGCUUGAGAUCUUUGCAGCUUGGUUCAUGGAUUCUAAGCCUUGCCCAUUGCACAGUAUAUCUAAACCCAGAUGUUUAAACCAGUGAAUGACAUGAAAAGCACUCUUCAGUAUCACACUUGACAAAAGGUUUUGUACUUUUCACCUAGCUUGUUGCCCUGUAAAUGGGUUAACAGCACAAUCUUCUUUUUUAAGAAAAAAUAAAUAAUUUAUAGCAUUAAAAUGACUUCAUUUGUAUACAUUUGGAAUUGAAACCAGCUUAAAAAGUGUCAUCUACAAGUAAAUGCAGUAUAAUUGGUGCUCCUCUGGAGUGUUGUGUAAGACCAUUUGGCUGGCAACAGUUUUACACAGGCUAUAUAAAGUAUUAUUUUAAAAAGAAACUUUGUUUACCAACAUAAAACAAUUUGAGAACUUUCAGAAUCGCCAACUAAACAAUUACAAUGUAAUUUUUGAAAUUUAAUAAAUGAAAAUUCUAAAUUGGCCUUAAUGUGCAAUGGUUCUUAUUUAAAGCAUAGUAAAGACCUAAAAUGAGAAUAGUACUUUAUAGCAUUAUGUUAAAAAUAAAUAAAUCAGUGAGUUGACUGUCUGCUGUGAAUUAAAUACAUACCUUGUACAAACUUUCCAGAUCAUUCUUUCUCCAGGAACUGUUUCUGAGUAGGUGCUGUUAACUAUCUUUGUGCAGAGGAUACAUACUAAAACUCAGAGAACUAACCAGGUGUUUGACAUAGUUAGUUGGAUUCAGAAUUUCUCUUAUAGUUAAAGGGUGAAAAUGCACUUAGGGGCAUCCUUAAGUUUAAAAAGAACAGAAAAGAAAGCAACUCAUAAUAAAAGAACAGUUAACACAUCCUUGUAGUACCAGCUAAAAUAGAAGCUACAGAUGGAAAAAGGUCUUAACAUUAGGAAAGACACAGGACUAGAAGGAAAUUUUCUCCCUUGUGCAUUUUUUUUAAGGCACAGAUUCUGUGAUGAGGAAUAUGAGUUAAUGCCAUUGCACUUGGCAUGUAUCCCUUAACUCAGACUUGCUACAGUUUUCCUUCAGAGCCUUCUAAUUUGAUCGGAGAUUCAUGAUUGAAUUUCUUUAAAUACCUCCAGACUGGAACAAGUGGUAUUCCAAUCAAUGUAGUAAUUCAGUUGUUCAACUUUGAUUGUCUCUGAACAAGCACACAACACUAUUACAAUUAUCUAAUUCGCUUAAAAUGUAUGUGCAGACCAGGUUUACAGAGAAAUCUUUAAACAACAGAAUGCCGCUGCCUUGUGUCCUCAAGGAUUUAGGAGCAGCCAAGAAAUUUACAUACAGUCUUUAAUGCAUUUAAGCUGUUCUGUUUCAGCUUUUUAUGUAUAAUUUUACCUUACAUUUAUUACAAUUGUCCGUUCACAUGUAUUCUGUUCAUUUGACAUUAAGGUUUGUUUUUUAAUUGGAACAUUUUUGUAGUCUUAUCUCUGAGCCUGUAUAAAAUCUUACUUUUGCAGAUA